CCCUGAUCGCGUUUCCUCUUCGUGUUAAAUGAAACGCAAUUACCUAUCAUGAAAUAAUCGAUUCCUAUUUUUAAGCUCGCGACUAUCUAUCGUUGACGCUGACAAGUGAUUUCCGACGCGCCAAGAUCGCGCGCACCCUAUCCCACGAUGGAUCUCUUUAGCGAUGACGAUGCACCGCCGCCGAGCCCGGUGCGUGAUGACGGUAUUGCCAUUAAGGAAGAAGAAGCCGAUCACGACCCGUUCUAUGGAAGCGCCUUUGAAGACAUCGACUGGGAAGCCCAGGAGAGACAAGAUGAAGAAAACAUCAACCAAAUGUUCAGUGGUGAAGGGUCUAGAAUGCCCGAAGGUGCUGACGUAUUUGCCGAGAAGGAAAUAGAUCAGACAUACAAGGCAGAUGAUGCCAUUGACUUUGAAGACAUUAGUGAUCUAGCCUCUGAGGACGAGGAUGUCGGUGCCGCCGGCGUGGACAUCUCCCAGGUCCCAGGUCUUACCGAAGAUGAAGGCACUAGUCAUGAUACCGAAUAUAUGGAUGAUCUGUUUGGGGAUAGACCGGGGGACAAUGACGAUUUCUCUUCCCCCCCUCCAGCGGGCGAUAUCACCAAAGAGAAGCCGGCCACCACGCCUACCCCAGGUGCAGCUGCAGCCGUCAUAGACGACGAUGUUACUGAAGAAGCUUGGAAGAACAUGUCAUUUGAAGAAAGGCAAAAACUAAACUUCCCUCUAUACAGCUCGUCUAUUGACAAAUGGAUGAAUCAAAUGAACAACGAAGACGCUUCAACCAAGAAGACCCCGGAAGAUAUGCAGGAGCUCGUGAACCAAAGGUUCCCAGGCUUUCAAAAGUACGAAAGACUUUUCUUCAACCACCUGUUCCCGGAAUGGCCCGCCGAAUACAUUUAUAAGCAACCUCUCAAUAAGGAUAGAGAUCCACCCGAGUUUGUUCCAACCAAACUCGAACUCGAACUCGAAGCGGAUUCUGCCAAGUUGUUCAGGAUCCCAGAAAAUGUCCUAGCUGCCCAGAGAUUCAGCAAUGGUGAUGAAGAAGAUUGGGGCGAUGAGACGGAUAGCUGUUCAGCAUCCUCGGAAUCAGAAGAGUCGACUAUUGGAGGCUUCAAUCUCGACGAGAUCACUACCAUCUGCUACGACUGGGAUGCGGCCCUAACGCCACCCGAGAGCGAGAACGAGGAAGCGAACGAGGAUGCAAACGCGAAGGUAAAUGGCGUUGUCGCCAAUGCAGACGAAGAGGCCGCCAAUGUAGACGAAGAAAUGGACGAAUGGGACAAGGAGUUCUUAGUACCGCAAGCCCAGGCCAAACCUCCACCACGGAAUUUCAAGCCCGGACUUCCGAUGCUCCAGUCACUUGAUACCCGUGGCGUUGACAACUUCGAGCGUGAAAUUCGGCGAACUAGCAAACGCAUCAGACUUGACUACGAUGAUCCAUACCUUUUGCUUAUUAGAGACAAUGAUUGGGAGCGGCCGGCCAAGCGUCCCAAGAUCGAAGAGAGAACUAAACGGAUGGCCAAUGGCCAGCUAGGAAAGGAUGUAUUGCAGCACUACAAUCUCUCCAAUGAUACCGAGUACGAAGGGCUCAAAGUAAACAGCAAGAGCAAAGUCCGGGCUACACUAUCCAACCUUUCCGUUGAGCAUAGUUUGCCAGCUCUCAAGUUGACUUUCCCCUUCUACCGAGUCAAGGCUAGCGGCAAGCCUUGGGAACAUAACCGCAAGAAAUUCGAGAUCGAGAAGGUUGUGAAGCACGCCAUUGGUGUGCGUAAGCCCUCGAAGGUCAGACGUAAAGACACGAAGGGGAAAACCAACCAAGAAAUCUUCAGAACGACCAAGGAUCUCAGCUUGAAUGAUAAUUCAACCACAGUCCUCUUCGAAUACUGCGAGGAAUUCCCAGUUAUGAUGUCAAAAUUCGGCAUGGGUAGUCGCGUGAUUAACUAUUAUCGUCGCAAGGAUCGAAAUGACGAGGAUAAGAUCCCGAAACUCGACCUCGGCGAAGGUCAUCCGCUACUACCCGAGGACAGGUCUCCGUUUUCAAUAUUCGGAACCGUUGAUCCUGGCGAGACUGUUCCUACGCUACACAACGAGAUGUACCGAGCCCCGAUUUUCAAGCAUGAGUCUCGCCCGAAUGACUUCAUUCUUGGCUACUCUACAAAUGCUACGGAGGGGCCCAAGUUCUACCUUCGGAACAUCGAUCACGUAUAUACAGUUGGCCAGACCUUCCCUUCCUUGGAAGUUCCAGGUCCUCACGCCAGGAAGGUCACGAAUACGGUCAAAAACCGACUCAAAAUGGUCGCGUAUCGUAUAAUGAAGAAGAAAGAAACGCAAGAUGUCAGUCUAGCCGAGAUCACGCCUCAUGUAUUUGAGAAAGCCGAUCCCCAAAACCGACAGAAGAUGAAGGAAUUUCUUCAAUAUGACAGGGAACGAAAAACAUGGGUACUGCCUGAAGAUCAGACGUUGAUGGAUGCGACGGCCAUUCGAUCUAUGAUAAAACCAGAAGACGCUUGCUUGCUCGAAGCUAUGCAAGUCGGUCAGCAACUCUUAGCAAAUGCCGGCUACGAUCCUAAGGAUAACAAGGAGGAGGGCGAUGAAGGAGUGGAAGAACCAUUGGUCGCUAAGAUGGCCCCAUGGGAACUUACCAAGAACUUCAUCGACGCUAGCGCGGGCAAGGCUAUGGUGGCUCUCCAUGGCGAAGGCGAUCCCACUGGUCACGGACUAGGGUUCAGUUUCAUCAAGACGUCUAUGAAGGGCGGGUACAUUAACGCUGUCCAAGGCCCUCUGGCGACGUCAGCAGAUGCAAUUGAGCGUGAACGUAAGGCAAACGGCGGUCAUUCGUACAAUGUCAAGAAGCAACAAGAUAUGUACAAUGCGGCCAUUCGUCAGAUCUGGGAACGACAGAAGACCACGCUUAGCGAUCCUACUACACAUGAUGACGCGGAUGUCCUAGACACUGCUAAUGAAGAUGACCGGUUUGAAAUGAGACAGGCCGAAGCAACGCCCAUACCCUUAGACGACGGGCGUAGUCAGUUCAGUCGCACAAGUGCGGCGAGUCGUGCGGGCAAGAGAUUGAAAAUUACACGCAAGAAGCGGGACGAAAAUGGAGAGAUAAUCACAGAGACGAUCUACGUGAGCGAUCCAAUAGUUGCGCGGAACUACGUCCGACUGCGGAAAGAAGCUGCAGAGAAAAACAGAGAUGUGUACAGUUUGCAGCCGACAGCCGAUGCCACCGAUAAUCGCGAAAAACAGAGACUGUCAGUUUUAACAAGGAUCGCACCAGGGGUUGAGCUAACAGACUAUGAUAGUGUGGACAAGGAGCUUUCCCGCUUACUCAAGAAUCAAGAUCGACGCCAGGUUCGCGAGAAGGCAGGCAAGGGCAAGAAGAGGAAGGUCGAAGCCAACCGUGACGCAACUCCAGACCCGGCCUCCGUCGAUAAAGUAUCCACGGGUACGACUAGGAAGUGUGCCAAUUGUGGCCAAGUUGGACACAUCAAGACUAACAAGAGCAAAUGCCCUAUGUUGAAUGGAACGAUUGCAAGCAACGGCGCCGACGCCGAUCUUGGAGGAUUUGGCUCUUUUGGAGCACCGUCCGCUGGGCCGUCUUCGGCCAACGAGUAAACAUGGAAGAACAGUUUGUCUGUCAGUAUGUGAUGAUGACAGCUUUACACAACGGCAUGCCCUAUUACCCUAAAGAUAGGUUGAUCAUACGGGGUUUUGCGUUAUUUCCUAUAACAUCACCAGGGUGGUAAUUUUGCGAUGAUUGGCCGGUAGCAUGGUCGGUUUAGGAAGCAUUGGUAUGGCGUUUAGGACCAGGCAUAGGUUCAGCAGUGUAUGGUUAU